AUGACACCGGCCUAUGACACAGCCGCCGCCUCACCGUCGCCCCAUCCGGCCGCAAACGGCCUGCCCGCCGCCGCAUGGACCGCUUUCCGGGUUCUGGCCGUCAUUGCGGGCUUGUCCGCCAUUAUGGUCGUUGCCGGCCAUUUUUAUGGCUCGCGUCUGCUGCAAUCGAGCAUGAGCACAUCGCCCGAACCGAUUCAGCUGGUCAUCGGCAACGAUGUCCUGGACGUGCCCGAAAACAUGAUCCGGCACGAGGCCCAGCGCGUUCCGGGCGUGACCGGCCGUGUCGAUCUGCGGCUCUAUUGGCCGGAACGCGCGGGCUAUCGCCUCAGCCAUGCCGACGCAUUUUCGGACACCGAUCCCGAAACGACACAGACCGUCCUGAUUUCGGUCGCCAAGCGGCAAUGGCUGCUCGACAUGGCCGGACGGCUCGAAUUGGUCUACGGAAAGGCCGCCGAUGCAUCCGCCGCGCCGCGCCCGGUCCACGGACUGACCGCCUUACGCCUCGACCCGGCGCACGGCUAUGUCGACGAAACGCUCUAUUUCGCGCCGUCCGCCAAUGGCGGGGCGCUGCCGGCCUUCAUCGCCCGCUGCAACGAACCGGCGGCGGGGGCAGCACCGCUGCUUCUGGCGUGCGAGACCGACCUGUUCUUCGGCGAGACGCUUGAGGCGCGCAUCCGUUUUCCGGCCCAUUUCCUUGCGGACUGGGCGCGUUUCCGCUCCGAGCUGGAUGCGUUUCUCCACGGACUUCAGGUCCGCGCCGAAUAG